CUGAAGGGAGGAUGGAAGCGGUAGAUUAUCUAACAGAUGAGAGGAAGAAGGCGGCGUUCGAUGUUGAGGCCAUGAAGAUUGUCUGGGCUGGCUCGCGUCACGCUUUCGAGGUCUCCGAUCGUAUGGCCAAGCUCGUCGCCAACGAUUCUUCCUAAUUUGAAUAUAUUCAGCCAGGAAACCGGAAGCAGCAGGCACGUUCGUGAUCUUUCUGCUGCAAUUGAUCCUUCUUAUAAUUUUACCUUUGGAUUUUAGAAGCUUUUGGGUGCGAAUUAGUCCAGUUAUUCUAGCUGGUCAGAAUCUGUGAAUUCCAAAAGGAUGAUAGAACUAUGCUACCAAGAAAGGAAUUGUUCAGAAACACACUUAGGAAGGCAGCUUAUGCAUGGAAAAGAAUUAUUGAACUUCAUCUAUCUGAAGAAGAGGCAUCUGAGUUAAGGUUUUAUAUGGACGAGCCAGCUUAUACAGACCUUCACUGGGGAAUGUUUGUACCAGCCAUAAAAGGCCAGGGCACCGAUGAACAGCAGCAAGAAUGGUUACCAUUGGCCUAUAAGAUGCAAAUAAUUGGGUGCUAUGCACAAACUGAACUUGGCCAUGGCUCCAAUGUGCAAGGUCUUGAAACCACUGCAACGUUCGAUCCUACUACUGAUGAAUUUGUCAUUCACAGUCCCACAUUGACUUCCUGCAAAUGGUGGCCUGGAGGGCUGGGCAAAGUGUCUACACAUGCAGUUGUUUAUGCUCGUUUGAUUACAGAUGGUAAAGAUCAUGGCGUUCAUGGAUUUAUUGUUCAACUUCGGUCUUUGGAGGAUCAUAAACCUCUUCCAAGAAUUACACUUGGGGAUAUAGGAAUGAAAUUUGGCAAUGGAGCAUACAACACUAUGGACAAUGGAGUGUUGAGAUUUGAUCAUGUUCGUAUUCCAAGAAAUCAGAUGUUGAUGAGGGUUUCACAGGUGACAAGGGAAGGAAAGUAUAAGAGAUCAGAUGUACCAUGGCAGUUAGUUUAUGGGACCAUGGUUUAUGUUCGACAACAAAUUGUUUCUGAUGCUUCUUGUGCUUUAUCUAGAGCUGUCUGUAUUGCUACUAGAUAUAGUGCUGUGCGCAGACAAUUUGGAUCACAGGAUGGUGGUCCUGAAACUCAAGUCAUUGAUUACAAAACACAACAAAGCAGGCUCUUCCCUUUGCUGGCUUCUGCUUAUGCCUUCAGAUUUGCUGGUGAAUGGCUAAAAUGGCUGUACACAGAUGUAACACAAAGAUUGCAAGCCAAUGACUUUUCGACAUUGCCUGAGGCUCAUGCUUGUACUGCAGGAUUGAAGUCUCUAACUACCACUGCUACUGCUGAUGGAAUCGAAGAGUGUCGAAAGUUAUGUGGAGGCCAUGGCUACCUCUGUAGCAGUGGGCUACCAGAAUUAUUUGCAGUUUAUGUUCCUGCUUGUACGUAUGAAGGAGACAACACUGUCCUGCUUCUACAGGUAGCUAGGUUUCUCAUGAAGACUCUCUCCCAGCUCAGCUCUGGAAAACAGCCUGUUGGGACUAUUUCUUAUAUGGGAAGAAAUGAACAUCUUAUGAAAUGCCGCUGUAGUGUUGAAAGAUCUGAGGAUUGGUUAAAGCAUACUAAAGUAUUGGAAGCAUUUGAGGCAAGGACUAUCAGAAUAUCUGUUUCCUGUGCUCAAAAUCUGAGCAAGUUUGAGAAUCCUGAAGAAGGUUUUGCAGAACUAUCAGCUGAUUUGGUUGAGGCUGCAGUUGCACACUGUCAACUAAUUGUAGUCUCCAAGUUUAUUGAGAAACUGCAACAAGACAUUCCAGGCAAAGGGGUGAAGCAACAACUGGAAACACUUUGUGGUAUUUAUUCUCUGUCGCUUGUGCACAAGCACCAAGGAGAAUUCCUUGCUACCAGCUACCUCACACCGAAGCAGGCUUCACUUGCUAACGAUCAGCUCCGAUCGCUGCUUACCAAGGUACGCCCUAAUGCAGUUGCCCUUGUGGAUGCUUUCAGUUACACAGACCACUACCUGGGCUCCAUCCUGGGGCGUUAUGAUGGAAAUGUCUACCCAAAGCUUUAUGAGGCAGCAUGGAAGGAUCCUUUAAAUGAAUCAGAUGUACCCGAUGGUUACCAUGAAUAUGUGCGGCCCUUGCUCAAGCAACAGUUGCAUAAUGCAAGAUUGUAGACCUGCGGCUGCGAGCGGGUGCGGGUGUGCAGCCCUAUGUAAACGCACCACGCUAUCAAUCAAUAAAGUGAGCCUGAGCCUAACUCGGAUCAGAUGUAUACUACUACACCGGAACGAGUGGGCUUGUGGUCCGAUAUACAUGAAAAAUUGUGUGCUUAUGGACUUGUAUUAUUUCCUGUGCUUUACACUAUUUGUGCUGUGGCGUGCAUCUGUAAACAUGAGGCUCUAUUUCCUUAUAUUAUUUCAGACCAAUAUAAGAAGUGACUGACAUCUUCAUA